AUGGAUUUAUGGAGUCUGUCUUGGUUUCUGUUCUUGGAUGCUCUUCUCGUGAUUUCUGGCUUGCCAACUCCAGAAAACUUUGAUGUAGAUGGCGGAAUGGACCAGGACAUAUUUGAUAUCAAUGAAGGUUUGGGACUGGAUCUUUUUGAGGGUGACAUCAGACUUGAUAGGGCACAAAUUAGAAAUUCCAUCAUUGGAGAAAAGUAUAGAUGGCCUCAUACCAUUCCAUAUGUUCUAGAAGAUAGCUUGGAAAUGAAUGCUAAGGGAGUUAUCCUCAAUGCAUUUGAACGUUAUCGCCUUAAAACAUGUAUUGACUUUAAGCCUUGGGCUGGAGAAACAAACUAUAUAUCAGUGUUCAAGGGCAGUGGCUGCUGGUCUUCAGUAGGAAAUAGGCGGGUUGGGAAGCAAGAACUUUCCAUCGGGGCAAACUGUGACCGAAUAGCAACAGUUCAACACGAGUUCCUCCACGCUCUGGGAUUCUGGCAUGAGCAGUCGCGUUCUGACCGGGAUGACUAUGUCCGGAUAAUGUGGGACAGAAUUCUGUCAGGCAGAGAGCACAAUUUUAACACCUAUAGUGACGACAUAUCAGAUUCCCUGAAUGUUCCCUAUGAUUACACUUCAGUAAUGCACUACAGUAAAACUGCAUUCCAAAAUGGAACAGAGCCGACAAUUGUCACAAGAAUCUCAGACUUUGAGGAUGUGAUCGGCCAACGAAUGGAUUUCAGUGACUCUGAUCUCCUAAAGUUGAAUCAACUGUAUAACUGCACCUCUUCCUUGAGUUUUAUGGACUCGUGCAGUUUUGAACUGGAAAAUGUGUGUGGCAUGAUCCAAAGUUCAGGAGAUAAUGCUGACUGGCAACGGGUUUCACAGGUUCCCAGGGGGCCAGAGAGUGAUCACUCCAACAUGGGCCAGUGCCAAGGUUCUGGUUUCUUCAUGCAUUUCAAUAGCAGCUCUGUAAAUGUGGGGGCCACAGCAGUGCUGGAAAGUAGAACGCUGUACCCUAAAAGAGGAUUUCAGUGCCUGCAAUUUUACUUAUAUAACAGUGGCAGUGAAAGUGAUCAACUGAACAUCUAUAUCAGGGAGUAUUCUGCAGACAAUGUGGAUGGCAAUUUAACCCUUGUGGAAGAAAUAAAAGAAAUACCCACUGGGAGCUGGCAACUUUAUCAUGUAACAUUGAAAGUGACCAAGAAGUUUAGAGUGGUGUUUGAAGGACGCAAAGGCUCUGGUGCAUCACUGGGUGGUCUGUCUAUUGAUGACAUCAAUCUUUCGGAAACACGGUGCCCUCAUCAUAUCUGGCAUAUAAGGAAUUUCAAACAGUUCAUUGGCAGCCCAAAUGGAACUCUGUAUAGCCCUCCAUUUUACUCUUCUAAAGGUUAUGCCUUUCAGAUUUACUUAAAUCUAGCCCAUGUGACUAAUGCAGGGAUAUAUUUCCACUUGAUCUCUGGAGCCAAUGAUGAUCAAUUACAGUGGCCAUGUCCUUGGCAACAAGCCACAAUGACACUUUUGGAUCAAAAUCCUGACAUUCGACAGCGUAUGUCCAAUCAGCGGAGUAUAACUACAGACCCAUUUAUGACCACCGAUAAUGGAAACUAUUUCUGGGACAGGCCUUCCAAAGUGGGAACAGUGGCUUUGUUCCCUAAUGGAACUCAGUUUAGAAGAGGUGGGGGCUAUGGAACCAGUGCCUUUAUAACCCACGAAAGGCUGAAAAGCAGAGAUUUUAUAAAAGGAGAUGAUGUUUAUAUCCUACUGACAGUGGAAGACAUAUCUCACCUCAACUCUACACAAAUCCAGCUAACACCAGCCCCUAGUGUUCAAGACCUCUGCUCAAAAACCACCUGUAAAAAUGAUGGUGUCUGCACUGUUCGAGACGGCAAAGCUGAGUGCAGGUGCCAGUCAGGGGAAGACUGGUGGUACAUGGGAGAAAGGUGUGAAAAGAGAGGCUCCACCCGAGACACCAUAGUCAUUGCUGUUUCAUCUACUGUUGCUGUGUUCGCCUUGAUGCUGAUCAUCACUCUUGUCAGUGUCUAUUGCACCAGGAAGAAAUAUCGUGAAAGGAUGAGCUCAAAUCGACCAAAUUUGACUCCACAAAAUCAACAUGCUUUUUGAAGAUUAACUCGACAAUAUGGCCAGCAAAUGAAAUUAAAAAGGAUUCUUCAUCAUGGAUUUCGCCUAAGUGAUAUUACAGCCACCUCAUUCUUCUAAAAGUGGAUAUUUUUCUGUAAAUUAGCUGGAAAUACUAUAAAUCACUAUUUUGGUCAAAGUCAAAUUGGUGAAAUGCUGUUUGUGUUUCCUUCUUUUAAAUGAGAGAAAAGCAAUUCAGGCUCUUCUGGAAGUAUAAUAUUGUCUAGAAAAAAGGGAGAGCAACAGUUAGAGAUAACUUUUCAAAUUACUGAUCCUUCCAUAUGGGGGCCAAGUGUGGUGUCCUCACAAGUGAUUCCUUAGAAACCCGCUAGAAACACCCAAUGGGAAUGAUCAUCCAUGCGGAAUCACAGCAGUUUCAGUGCCAUCCUUUCCCAGCAUUGGGAAGGGUAAUGAGACAGCUCCCCACUCUCUGUCAAUAUACAUUCUUCUCCAAAACUGGCUACUCUCUUGUUUUCUUAUAUAAUCCCUUUGGUACAUGAGCUUGGUUUAGAAUUUGUUUGAGCAUACGACUGUAAUCAGCAAGAAAACCUUUCACUCUUUGAGUGGCAAGUCUCAAAGUUUUGGAUCUCAGGAAUCUUUACACUUUAAAAAUUACUGAGGAUCUCAAAUAGGUUACUGAGGAUCUCAAAUAGAUUACGGAGGAUCUAUUUUGCUUAUGAGCAGUUCAUUGAUUUAAAUAAGUGUUUAUUAGAAAUUCAAACCAGGAAAAACUUAAAGUAUGUAUUUAUUAAUCACAAAAAAUAAGCCCCUUAUAUGCUAACAUAAAUAUGAAAAGUCGCUAUAUUUUUCAAAACAGGAGAAUAUUUAGCAAAGAGAGGGGCAUUGGUUUACAUUUUUUGGGAAAAUCUCUAAUGCCUAGCUCAAUAGAAGACAGCUGAGUUUUCACAGAUGCUUCUGCAUUUAUUCUGUUGUGAUAUAUUAAUUUGUUUGAAGGAUGUGAAGAAAAUCUAACCUCACACAAAUAUGUACUUGGAAAAAGGAGGCAUAUUUGAAUAGCUUUCUCAGGUAAAUAUGAAUAUUCUUUUGAAAUAAUUUUGUUAAAAGUUGACAAUGGUAACUUCUUAAACGUUAGUUGCAAUCAAAAUCCGAAACCAUAUCAAUGAACUUUUGUAUUCCGUCCUGUAAAAUCCAUUAGUCUAUCUUGUAUUUUGAGUCUUUCAGCUAUGUCUCAUAUUGCAAUACUGUGCAUUGAUCAUUUAGAAAAUAUUGGUUCACUGAGUUCUGCAGCUUUUACAACAUUUGACACAUUUCAUUGUGCAGUAUGAAAACAACAUUAGUUAAUUGCACUACUGAUCUCAUUUUAAAGUCUUUCAUGCCUGUAACCCCAGCAUUUUUGGGAGGCCGAGGCAGGUGGAUCACUUGGGUCCAGGAGUUCGAGACCAGCCUGGACAACAUAGGGAGACUCUAUCACUACAUAUAAAAAAAAUUAUCUGGGUAUGUUGGCACAUGCUUGUGGUCCCAGCUACUUGGGAGGCUGAGGUGUGAGGAUUGCUUGGGCCCAGGAGGUCAAGGCUGCAGUGAGCUGUGAUUGCACCACUGCACUCCAGCCGGGGGACAGAGCAAGACUCUGUGUUGAAAUAAAUAAGUAAAUAAAUGACUAACCACUCCCCAAAUUAAAAAAAAUAUAUAUAUUUUUAAAGUCUUUAAGUCUUGGGAAAUUGUUAUGCUCUUGGUGGCAGAAACAAAUUUUCCAAAAUUUUAACUUUUGUUUGAAAGAUUAAAUUUUAUCGUUGGCAACAAAUCCCGUCUUUCUUGUAGCAUCAGGCUCACUUUACUCAAUUUUUUAAAUUCAUAUUUUAUUUUGAUAUAAUUGUAGUCACAUACAGUAAUAUGAAAUAAUUCAGAGAGAUCUGUCUGCCCUUCACUCGGUUUCCCCUAAUGGCAACAUCUUGCAGAACUAUAUAUACUACAAUAGCAUAAUCAGGAUAUUGACAUUGAUACAGUCAAGACACAGAACAUUUCCACCACCACAGGAAUCCCUAAAGUUGCCUUUAUAGAGCCACAUCCAUUUCCCUUUUCUCCCACCUCCUGUUUAUUCUCUGGCAACCAUUAAUAUGUUCUCUAUAUCAUUUUGUUUUUUUUAAAACGUUCUAUUAAUAGAACAAUUCAGUGUGGCACAUUUUGGAAUUUGCUUCCCCCUGCCCUCUCAACUUAAUUCUUUGCAGAUUCAUCCAGGUUAUCAUGCCCAUGAGAAGUUUGUUGCUUUUUAUUGGUGUUAUCCAUGAUAUGGAUGGACUAAAGUUUGUUGAAUAAUUCAUUGUUGAAGGACAUCUGGGUUGUUACCAGUUUUUUGACUAUUACAAAUAAAGCUGUUAUAAAUGU